AUGCCAAUUCUUGAGCGAGGCUUGAAAGAACGUAGUACUGAGGUUAAAAAAAAGUCUUCACAAAUAGUUGGUAAUAUGGCAUCUCUAACUGAUGUUAAAGAUCUUGUCCCUUACUUGCCACGGCUUCUACCAAGCCUUAAAGAAGUGUUAGUAGAUCCUGUACCUGAAGCUCGUGCUACAGCUGCCAAAUCAUUAGGUACUAUGGUGGAAAAACUUGGGGAAGACAAGUUUCCAAGUCUUGUAAAUGAGCUAGUUCAUACUCUUAAAUCAGAUACCAGUGGUGUUGAUCAUCAAGGUGCUGCACAAGGACUUAGCGAAGUAUUAGCAGGGUUAGGUCUAAGCCGUCUUGAAGGACUUUUGUCUGAAAUUGUAAUUAACGCUACUAGUCCAAAAUCAUAUGUGCGUGAAGGAUUUAUUUCCUUACUUAUUUAUCUUCCAGCAACAUUUGGUCAAAGGUUUCAGCCUUAUCUUGGUCGUAUUAUUACUCCAAUUUUAUCGGGUUUAGCUGACGAAUCAGAAUAUGUGCGAGAUGCCUCGCUUAGAGCAGGUCAAAUGAUUAUUGUAAACUAUGCGACUAAAGCUGUAGAUCUUUUACUUCCUGAAUUGGAAAGAGGAUUGUUUGAUGAUAAUUGGAGAAUUAGACAAAGUUCCGUGCAGCUCAUGGGAGACUUAUUGUAUCGCAUCACUGGUAUUAGUGGUAAAACAACUACUGAAGGGGAGGAAGAGGAAGAAACUGGAGGGACAGAAGUUGGUCGUAAGGCUUUAUUACAAGUUCUUGGAAAGGAAAGACGUGAUAGAGUUUUGGCUGCUUUAUAUAUUGUUCGACAAGACGUAUCUGGUAUCGUUCGACAGUCAUCUAUGCAUGUUUGGAAAUCUAUCGUUUCCAAUACUCCUCGUGUUGUCAAAGAAAUACUGCCAAUAAUGAUGGGUUUGAUUAUUAGAAAUCUCGCAAGUCCAAGUUUUGAUAAACGUCAAGUAGCUGCACGCACGCUAGGAGAACUUGUUCGUAAGCUUGGCGAAA